UGAUAGCGUUGGAGUUUAGGUUAUACACAGCAUCCAACAUGGCGGAGACCGGGCCCGAACUAGAAUUAUUGUUUUUCGACACAUUUUCACAUGAAGGGCAGGGAGCCGAGCAAUUAAAUCUUGACCUGGUCCAGUUCCCUCGACCAGUCAUCAUCCAUGAAGUACGAGUGAUCCCCCUGCAAACCAGAGUCCAGGCAGAUGUCCCUGGAGGUGUCAGACUCGGUGCCACAAAUCCUUCCAGUUUUAAACUUGAAUUAUUUGUCAACAAUUUGAGCAAGCCGAAUGCUGCAACAUUUGAAAGACUUGGAGUAUUAGAUUACAAACAGAAUGUGGAUAUCAAGCUACGAGCAGAAGGAGCAGAGAUUCCGACAGAUGGACUGAUACUGAAGGGAUGGUACACCACCAUCACCAUUGCUAUCUAUGGGACGUUGACCGUGGUGAAGCCAGAUCACUCCUCGCCACCACCCCCACCACCUCCACAAGUCAGACAAAAGAACCCUAUUGAAACAAGAAGUGCUGGGUCCACAGAGAUGGCACGUCCAGAUUGGGAGCAAACACCAGCAAGACCUGUGUCAACAACAGCCGAUAUUCCGCGGUCUGAGUGGGAGCCUCCGCCCCCUCGGGCGGCGCAGUCAAAACCUCCACAACAACACCCCUUAGACUAUAUACAGCAACAGGUUCAACUUCAGCAGAAACAGCAGCAAGCUGCACACUCCCAGCCUCAGCCUCUCCCCAACAUGUCUCAUCCCCCUCCAAAUCUCACACAUCCACCCCCUCAACCAGUGCCACCCCCACAGACUAAUAUCCCCCCACCACAAAUCCCCGGACAACCCCCAUCUGACAUGUACAGAGGUGUGGAAGCUCCAUUUGACAGAGCUCUUCACCCAACAUCCCAACAUAGAGACAUAAUGCAAGAAUUCAUUCAGAGUCCUAAGCUCGGACUCAUUGACACUCGUGAUGGAGGUCACUUCGAUGGACGUGAGCCUCCCAGGGAUUUUUCAUCAGAGAAACGUGAGAACUAUGAGAGUAGAGAUGUUUAUGAGGAAAACAGGUCUCAGGGUUCAUAUGAAAAAGACUACAGGCCACAUGGAGAUUCCAAUAGUCGAGAAAGGGAAUAUGACCAAUCUAGAGAGAGUUCUAGGGAUAGGGAAUACAGAGGGAGGGAAAUGGGGGAAAAAGAACGAAGGGAGAAGGUUUGGGAAAAGUUUCGUGAACGAGAAAGGGAACGUGAUACAGGGUUUAGAGAUAAAACAAAAGACUAUGGAGAUCGAAGUCCUAGGGACUGGCCAAGAAGUCCUUCAAAACGGAAUUGGUCAAGAUCACGUUCCCGAUCACGAUCAAGAUCUAGGUCAGACUCCAGAUCACGAUCAAGGUCUAGGUCAAGGUCUUAUUCUAGAUCAAGAUCAUACUCAAGAUCUCCAAGACGAUCUUCUAGAUCUCCAAGGAGGUCAUUUUCAAGAUCUCCACGAAGGUCAUAUUCAAGAUCCCCAAGAAGGUCAUAUUCAAGGUCACCAAGGAGGUCCAGGUCGCGUUCAAGAACUCCAAGAAGGUCUUAUUCCCCAAGAUCCCCAGGACCAUUUAGAUCUCCAGUUUCAAGGUCAAGGACACCUUCAGAAAUGCAUCCAAGGUCACCAAUUCACCCAAGGUCACCUGUUCACCCAAAGUCACCAGUGCACCAAAGGUCGCCUGCACCUAUACAGACUCCGCUAUCCCCUCCCCAGGAGCUGCCCCAGCCAGAGGAAUCUCCGAUCCCAAUCAUCAGACAACCUCGGGAGCCACGAGAGGCCCUUAGGGAACCUUCACAACCCCACGAAGAAAUCAUGGAAGCAGGGGAGAUCAUCGAUGAGGUGGGCCAGCCCAUCUUUGACCAGCUAACUCCUGAUCAGUCACCGGGUCCCAUGUUUUCUUCUGAUGGAGAAAUCCAGGAGGUGGAUGAUACGUAUGAAAAUAUCUCUUCUGAUGAUGAAAUGGAAAUCGAUGGUGAUGACAUGAUGUCGAAUAUGGACAUGUACGAAAUGGUGGACGACUAUGCUACUAUCUCCUUCAACCCGUUCCAGUUUGAAGUGACAAAACUUGUGGCACUGCCAGACGUCACACUGACCAAGUAUGAGUUGGAGUUAUCUGCCCUUCAACAGCAGACCGACAAGGCUACAGACAAACCUGCUACAGAAAGACCGUCUGAGGCAACAACAUUACUGGAACUUGUGGAUGAGUUCUCCUCUUCUGACCAUCAUGGCAGGUGGAUUGAAGCACUAGAAAGUGUCCCCAGUCUCCUGGUGAAGGGCUUGUCUUAUCUGCUACACAGAGAAAACAGAACAGAUGUACUUGACCAGUUACUAGAUUGGACAUUGGAGGGACUGGACUUGGUCAAGGCUAUGGCACAGCCUGAGACUGCCCACAAGGUCCGCCACCUCAAGAUGGGUAUCAAACUGGCUGGGAGUAUGUGUACCUGUAGUCGGGAUAUUGUCCUCAAGUGUCUGAGCAUGGACAUCCAACACAAGCUACUAGAUCUGUUUGUGGCACCUUACAUGUCCUUCUCACUCAAACUCCAAAUUAUACGUGCCAUUGACCAGUCAACACGCUUUACCAGUGGCAUGCAGUGGUUCCUAGGCAAACACCCACAGCAGAGUGCAAAGGCCAAGGUCGAAAGUGACGAAGGUCAAAAGGUCAAGGAAGAAUCAAAAGAUGCACAGGAGAGCUGUUAUAAAAGACUUAUUGAAUGCAUGAUGAAUAAACAGGUUGCCAGAGUAACCAUAGCAAUGGCUGCCUUUUUGAAGAAAAUUCAUAUUUAUGAGUUGUUGUCUAGUCUAACAGGAAGUGUGAAAAGUAUUGUUGAGCGUUUAUCGUCGCUGGAAGAGGAGGCUGGUCAGAAGAAGGAUGGAGACAAUACUGACCUUGACCUUGAGAGCCUGAUUAUGACCAGUACAGUGACCAACACAGAGAUUGACACAUUGGUCAGUGGUCUGGAUGAGAUCACCAAGGUCAUCGCCAUAGCACCCUACAUGAUUGGCCAGCCAGGACGUACCCUCCCUGGAAACACAUUCGAAAUAAAGACAAAACCAUAUGACCCGUAUCCCAAUCUGUAUCACUUUGCCCAGACCAGUGGUCUGCUGGAGGCUGUGUUUGUGCUGGUGUCUGUACCCUCGACAGCUGGACAUCACCAACUGUUCCCCGCCAUAAACAAGCUCAUGAAAACAUUGGUGAAAACACAACAGGGUCUUCUGUUCCUCUCAAGCCGGCCGGACGUCAUCAAUGGUACCAUACGAUCUGCAGCUACACAAGAAAAUGAAUACAGUCGGGAUGAACCGGUGGACGAUAACCCUCUACACAGACUAGGACUAGAGAUCUUCCAUGACUUGCUCGCUGUCCAGUUCAUUGACCAGCUCCUUCAGUACCAGACUAAAGAGGAGAAGGAACUGGAUGAAGUGGAGCCAAUCGAAGCCCUCCAUAAUCUGUACACAAUGACGUUCACCCCGGUGGGACGGGAAGCAGUCGUUCAUGUCCUCGGCCUGGAUGACAAUCUGACAGCCAUUCUUCCUUUUGUAGAAUAUACAGGGGUGGAAGAAAGAGAUGGACGUCUUAAGAAGUCUGUCUGUGCAGGAUACACCCUUAACUUACUGUUGCUGCUGAUUAGACAGUCCAAUAAUGUCCAUAUUUACCAACAGUUUGGACAGCGCCUUGUGGAAAUUGCAGAAAAGGACUUCAGCAGUAAGCUCCUUGAUCUGAAUGAAUGGUUGUCACCACUUAAGAGUAUUACAAGCUACAACCAUGAGGGAGUGGCUUCUGCCAUUACCCAGCUCCGCUCCCACUCCGACAACCUCCAGAAAAUUCCCCGUCCCUUAGUCACUGUAGUGAGGAUACUCCGACACAUGAGCAUCGCCCCGGAGUGCAACUACCCAAAUGAUGAACCUAUUGAGAUGAAAUACAAGUUCAAUCUGUUAGAGAUGUACAGUGGGGACUGCCUGCCAAUAUUUAUCAACAUCUUACAGAAAACCUGUGAGUUUCUGCUGCGACCAUGGCAACAAGGGUUCGUGCCUAGCUCGGACCAAAUCUGCUACCACAUCUCGGUGAUAAUACCGACAAUGAACAUGAUCAGGGCCACGCUGGCUAAUCUCAUUCAGGCCAGAGGAGUAGAGUACCGUGACCUGACAUGUCUACCUGUAUUGUUUGAGCUCCACACUGUACUAUGUUCUGUACCGCUGUCGUCAAUGUUCCUGGAGGAAGUACAUAUUAUUCAAAAAGAAGUGGUCGAUACACUGAUGGCUUAUACACAACCUGACAUACAGCAGGCCGAUAGUGAAGAAGCUCUAAGCCAAAGUCUGUGGACCAAGGUGAUCAAGGAACUCCUCAAAUAUAUUGUCAAAGCUCCUUACACCUACCUAAGUGGCCUGCUGAUGCUGUCAGAGUUACUGCCCUUGCCACUCCCUCUUCAGACAAAGGAGCCUCUGAGUACAGAGGAGUCUACAAAAACUAUCAACAUGCGUAAGUUAUGGAGCAUGCAUCUGUAUGCUGCUACACCACAGCUACAGGAAGUUAUCCAGCUACUGUCAACCUCCACAUGCCAGCCACUACAGCACGUCCUGCGCCGUGUCUGUUGGCAGUUGUCGGAUUUGUCAGCCCACAUUGCCCUUGUGGUCACAAGGUGUGUGCUUGACAUCGUGAUAGAAAGUUUCCAGACAAUGAAGGUGACUCGGUUAGAGGACAAGGGAGAUGGGGAGGCUGUGGAGGAGCAGGAAGAGAGGGUUGCCUCCCCUUACGCCAGCAAGAUGUUGAACCUUCUUGCUUAUGUUCUCUCACAACCUUCUAUCAAAUGUGCCACCCUACAACUCACUAACAAAUCAGGACCAGCUGGUGAAGAGAAAUAUGUGGAACUGUUCCCACAGCUUCUACAGAUACUGAAUACAGUGUGUGACCGGGUCCCCCAUAUACAGGCACAGGAAUGUAUUGUCUCGAUCAUCCAGAGCAUGUGUGAUGUAGAGGUUGCCAUAGUGAUGGGCGAGGCAUAUACCAUCCAAGACCAGAUUGCCCAGGCCCUGCCCUAGUAAGGAUACAUGUACCAGAUCACCAACUCAUUACUAGACCAUAUGGGUAAUCCUGACCACAACUAUGCUUCCAUACUGCCCUGUGUCCGAACUCUUGUCAUGUUCACAGACCAUAACUAUGGCUUUUUCCAUCUCAAAAGCUUGUUGGAGCAGAAGACGACAGCACUUGGUCGACUGAUGGUCCGAAUCAACACAACAUUUAGCAAGGACAGUUCCGACUGUUUGUCCACACUUUCCACAUUACUGGAGUUUCUGCGUCUACUGGUGGAGCUUCCACAGGACGGACCGGAGCUGACACGGACCUACACCCUGACACAAACAGAGCUACGCGCUGUACUGUCCUGGAACCCCAGUAUGGAGAACCAUCCUCUUCUUGACCUUGAAAAACUCCUGGAGGACAGUGCUAAGGAGGAGGAAAGCCUGGAAAGUUUACUGGACAAUAUGGUUAACCUGAUGAAGAUGCUGCGAGAACCUAGUUCUGACGCUCAGGACAAGAUGGCUGUGGUGGAGCCCAUUCUCCCCCCAACCGAGUCACUCACUGCCAUGUUCAACAUGAGGGCAGUGUUUGUGGUAACAGACGGCGAAGAUGAGCGUCUAUCUCCUGCCUACUGGCUGGCUAAUCCCGCGUUAGAUGAGGCAGACAUUGAGCCUGACAUGAUUCGAUUUGAUGUGGAGAGUAUGUGUGCCAAACAUUGCCCCGAGUUCAACCUUGAGGAGGAACUCAAAAAGAAUGUUAUGUCCUCAACUGAGGAACUUACUCGACCUAGAAGACUCAAGCAGGGUGACAGGAGAAAGUCUCAAGAAAUCAGCAUUAACAGGGGCCGUGGUUUCAGACGACCUUUUGUUGCUCCAAUGAGAGGACGUGGUAUAGCCAGAGGCAUGAUGAAUAACAGUGGCCGUGUGGAUUCCUUCCGCUCUCGGCCACCCAACACCAGCCGUCCUCCUUCAAUGCACGUUGAUGAUUUCAUGAAACUAGAGAAGGGCUCUCAGGGACAGCAGCCUCCAGCGCAGUCCCUCACCCCGAUACCAGAGCGAAGAAUGAUGGGCAAGGAGAUGAACCGAGGAGGAGGAAGAGGAGGACGAGGGUUUGAUCGUGGUGGAUUUGACCGUGGUGGCGGAGGACGUGGAUACAGAGGCGGACGAUUUUUCACGCCCCCCUCAAACUACAAUCGUAACAAUGACAGACCAACAGACACUACCUAUGGUGAAAGUAAUCGAGGUGGGGGAGGAAGAGGUGGUUUCUAUGGCAACAGACAAAAGUCCAACUUCAACAGCCCACGAUCAUUUGACAGAGAUGAUGUUGGCGGCAGCGGAGGUCGAGUUGGCCAAGGUGAGAGAAGAGGUGGCAAGGACUUCCGUUUCUCCCCUCAAGGUCGUGGUGGCUACUGGAACAAGGACCAGGACAGCAGUGGUGGCAGGUUUGGCGGUCAGAUGUUCCGUGGAGGGCGUAGAGAGUACCCAGGACACCAUCAGCGAUCCUUCACCAAAUAGACAUUGCCAAAAUCAACUGAACUUUUUUAAAAUCAGACAUUUUUGUUCCCCUUAAAUAUCUAGGAAUAAUAAUUUCACAACAGUGUUGUGGAGAAGUUAUGAAUGAGCUUCAAAUGUCUGAAAAUACUGAUGAAAAAUUCAGUCUUUGAAAGUAAUGUUGGGAAAAGUAAUUUUCCUUGUCAACAAUAUAAUAUUUUUAUUUCUGUUCUCAAAAUGAACAAUUACAGAUACAAGGUUUAAUAGCUCUUUUUUUCAGAAAGGAAGUAUUUCUGCGGUAUUAAAGGUAUCAACUUCUGAUAACACAGAAUAAAAUCAAAAUUUAGAUAUUAUGUGAAGAAAUUUCAAAUGAAUUUUAAUGACAACAUGUUUUUUUAAAAGAAUCAUUGAGUUGAGUUCUUGAAACAUUUAAUGAAUGGAAUGAUUUGACAAGGGAGGUAAUCAAGUGCUCUACCAUUGGAUUAAUGUGCAAUUCCAUGAAGUUAUUUCAUUUACACAGCUCCUUUAUAUUGAUAUUCACCAGUAAGCAUGAUAAUGUAUGUGUUUAACAUAUGUAUUUACACUGAUAUAUAGUCGUGGUGAUAAAGUUUCAAAAUAUCUUGAAAUUAAAGCUGUUGAUUAAAUCACAAUUUUUGACCACCACGAUUCAACUGUUGUUGUUAUAGGAAAUACAUUUUUGUAUAAGACUGAAUUUUUAAUCAACUUGUGUUGGAUUCAUUAUGUUGAAGUGGAAUUAUUGUUUUGAUAUGAUGAAUGCUAUCUUUCCACAAAGAAUAAAAUACUACAGUCCUGACAAACCUUUUACAUCCAUGAAAUUCAAUACAGCAUUCAUGUUGAAAGAUUUUAUUGUGCUUUUACCAUUAUUCCUUACAGAAUAAAAUUGACCAAGAAAUUAAUAAAACAUCACUACAAAUUG